AUGUCGAAUCCAGCUGUUGGUGUCGUAAUGUUUGGCGUUUCUUCGUUCGCCAAUUGCUUGAGAAUUGUCGUUUUACCCGAGUUAUCUAAACCUAGUAACACAAUUCUCAACUCCUUGUCAGAUGACGAUCUGAGCUUACGAAGCAGUGAAAGUAAACCCUGUGAAAUAUUUAAUUCUAAUUGUACACUUAAUGUAAAAGAAAAAUGUUCACAAAAACAUCAAUUAGAAGUUGUUUUAGUAGAUUGA